AAAAGAAACACGCGAUCGACUGCUUAUAUUUUUGUACACUGGCAAUGGCUACCAAACCAACCACGAUUAAAAAAAAAUUGUUUGAAAAAUGACGGCGGUUUGUUUGUUGUUGUGAAAGGCAAUUUUGUGUUUUAUCCUUUCGAAAAUGGCUAAUAACAUUGCAAACGAGAAGAAAAAGGCGUUGCUGGCCCGGAAAGAACAAUUGUUGCAAGAGAUACAGUACUAUGAAAAGAGAAUCACAAAUUUUCAAUCAGACAACCGUUCGAGCUGUUACUUUGACGAUGAUUGCAGCUCGGACUCUGACACAGACCUCCCAGUGUUGAGUGGUCCAUCGUCCACGCAGCUCCGCCUGGAGCAGUCACGGCUGAAGACGUGUCUGCAGGCGACGCAGGAGCUCACCAGUUUACGCAUCUUGCAGUCCGAAGUCAACGUGAUGGUGGAGGAUCCUGAUAUUGAUCCUGAUUCGCCCCAAGCCCGAGCUCCGGGCGUGUGGCGCGAGGUGCUGGCGGAGUGCCGCCUCGACCUCAUCCCGUUCACGCUCAACUUCCUCGUCCACACUCCUAGCGCAAAGUUCGGUGCUCCGACGUACAGGAACUUGCGAGUGUCGCUGGUGAAGGCGGCGCACGGGGCCGAGCUGGCGAGGUCUGUGCUGGCUCAUGCCGAGACACCUAGUGAAGCUGUAGAGAUGGUCCGCAGCUACAGCGCGGCGCAGCGCGCGCGGCGCGCGGCGCUGGCGCGGCUCGCGGCCGAGUUCGGCGCCGCGCUGCUGCUGCGGCCCGCGGACCAGCCGUCGGGCGGGUACGUGUUGAAGUGCGCCUCUCUGCUGGAGAUCAGGUGGACCUUGCAGAACAAGAGCUCCACGCUCGCGCCCUUCCUACAUCGCAUGAGGUUCGACCUGGAGUAUAUGGAUGAAUCCUAUAUCAAAACAAUAACGCAAUACCACAGACAGCUGUCCGACCCGUCGCUCGAGACAGACGAACGGACAGCCCUACUCUGCAAGAUUAUAAACACGUGUCUAGAAGCGAAAGGACCUACCCAAGAACUUUACGAAAGCAUGGAAUCGGACGAUCCAGAAACUGCUCAGAGUUUGAGAAAGAGACGCACGACUUUAGACCAGGAAAUAACCGAAGAUGCACCUAAGAAGAAAGGAGACAACGAUAUUAUGGCGCCUCCUAAGUCUUUGCCAAAGAAAGCAAAAGGAAAAGGGAAAGAAAAUAUUAAUAGUGCUAAGAAAGAUGAUAGAAAUAGUGUUACAAGUGCUCAUGUCUUUGAUAAAAGUGAUAGUGUUAAGUCUAAAAAUGGUAAUAAUGAUGCAACUGAUUCUAUUGGUCGAACCAUUGAAGUCGGAGAAGGUAGAAAAGAUGUUAAAACUACGAAAGAAACAAAAGGAAAUUGUGUUGCCAGAAAAAUUGUUGAUAACAAUGAAGAUAAUUCUAGUGUGAAGUCUAAAGAUAAUAGGAAAUAUGCAGUCGUAAAAGCCAAUAAAGGAACUGCAGAUGGCAUUAAAGCUAGUGAUUAUAAUGAAAAGAAAAAGGAUAAUGCAAACGAUUUUGAAGAUGCGAAUGGGAAAGACCCUGAAAAAUCUGAUAAGGAAAAGAAAGUUGAUGAUGCAAAGAAAAGUUCAGCUAAAGUGAUUAAAAAACGCGUUGUACCUAAAGAUAAUGCUAAUAAAGAAAUUGAUGCAGAAAAAAAUCAAAAAGUUGUUCAGAAAAAAGAUAAAAUUGGCAAAGAAAGUACAACAAACGCUAAGAUUGCCAAAAAUACUGACGAAAAUUGUGUAAAUGAUAAUGUGGUAACGAGUGUUCCUAAGAAAAAUAAGAAAACUGAUGACAUGGCUAAUAUACCGGCAAAAAAAUCUAAAAUCGAUAAUGCAAUGACGAAAACACAUGAACCCAAUGAGAAGACAAUUGAAAAACCCAAUAAAAUCAUUAAAAAUCCUCAAAAAAUUAUAAAAACUAAGUCAAAAAACGGUAACGCGCGAACUACAGACAAGUCGAAUGCAAAAAACCAAAAUGUUCCAAAAACUAAUACAACAUUUACAAAAAACAGCGAAACAAUCCAAAAAGUUACAGAGAAAAAUAAAAUUGUUUCUUCUAAAGGUCAUUUAUCUGAUCGCACGUACGUUGCAGAUCGAAAUGAUGAAAACACUAAAGAAAUUCCCGCCAAAAACAUGAAAACAAUCAAUAAUAUACAAAAUAAGGUCAAAAUCACCAAAGGUAAUAUAGAAAACAAUAAAAAUGCAAACAAUGAGAGAUUAAAUCAAAAACUGAAAGUCGCUGGCAACACAGAGGUGAAUAGUGUCAAGAAGCUGAGUGCUGGCAACACAGCGAAGGGAACUUGUGCCGAUUUGAAAAUCUCUAAGAUUCCGCAGAAAAUGCCAAAAGUCACCAGUUCUGUGAAGAGAAACCCGCUUAGAAUCAGUCCUAGGAAAAUGUCGUCGAAUUCGAAAAUCUCACAAGGACUCGCUAAAACUAUACAGAAACCGGUCACCAGCAUACCCAGAUUGUUGAAGAAACCAGUCGUGAAGUAGUGUAAAUAAAAAGCUAUAUACUCCCGCCAUAUCUUGCAUUUCACUCUUACAAGAAAGAGAUGUGCGUAUAGGAAAUACAUGAGAAGAAACGAGACAGAGAGACAUCUUUAGUUCCUCAUCACGUGCCCCAAUCUGCCACUUUGUAUGAGAUCAGCUGGUUUGGGCGCAAAGUUGUAUGGAAUCUCGUUUCUAUACAGAAUUUGUCAUUCGUUCGUUUGUUCGGUUUUUAUUAAGUUGUGUUAAAAGUGUAAUUUUUAAGAUUUUUGCGUUGAACAAUCUAGAGAAUCAGGUUGUAAUAUUAAGAUAUUUUUUUAACAUG